UCUUGCGUCUCGUCUUGCACUAUGAUAUUUCAGCUGGCUGUGAGAGCAGAAACGCCGAGGAAAUGGCCGUAACUACAACAUUCGGUGAAAGUAUUAGUGUGUGAGGCACUUUCUCUGGUGAAAUACGUCGAGUCGAAGCGCUCUACAUCUGGACACUGGAGAGAAAUUUCUGCUGUAAAUACAGUUUUAGGAACCGGGCGGCUAUAUAUUCAAUCAGAGCUCAACAUUAGCCCGCUCGGUAGCUAAUUAGGCGGUAGCCGACCAUCAGCUGUAGUUUAUAGCCAAGCUAAGCGGAGUUAGCCACAUGUGUUGACCGCAUAAUAAUAAUGAAUAAAGUCAAACCCACCUCAUGGUUUUAAAAUGCUUCUGCAGGGCAUUAUAUACCUUAUUGAGGGAGGCGCUUGACAUCUUAUGUCGCCGAGACGGGAUGUGUGAAGGGUUUACGACUAACAGGCCACGACAUGGGGCCAACUCGCAAGGGUGCGUAUUCGGGGGGGUCUUAUAAAAGCGAUCUUUAGUCCUUCAUCCCCGAACAUCACUGUCAAAACGUGAUCCCGAGGCGGCCUGUUACUCUUUAGUCUAUUUUGCCUGGUCUGUCCGUUAGGUUGAAGCUAUUUGUCUUAGGGAUUGAUAUCACUGAGUAGGUUUGGUUGAUCACGCGUGGUGGAAAGAUUAUUUUCAUUACAUUUUUGAAACACUGAGUGGAUUUCUGUUGAUGCCACUACUGACCAAUCAUCUGGCAAGCUGGCCGGCUAGUUAUCAACUGCACCUAGUUCUCUGUGUGAGAGAUAUAGUAAGUUAUAAGUAACUGCGUCGUACCCGCCUCCAAGAUGUCAGAAAAUCAGGGCAACGGGAACAACAACAACCCGCUAAACAAUAAUAACGCUGGGCCGAACCGAAUACGGAACCAGAACAUCAACCAGAACCCCCUAAUCAAUGUGCGGGACCGGCUGUUCCACGCACUCUUCUUUAAGAUGGCUGUGACCUACGCCAGGCUCUUCCCACCGUCUUUCAGGAGGAUCUUUGAGUUCCUAGUCCUCUUAAAGGCGCUCUUUGUGCUCUUCAUCCUGGCCUACAUCCACAUCGCCUUCUCCCGCUCACCCAUCAACUGCCUGGAACAUGUGAGGGAGAAGUGGCCCCGCGACGGCAUCCUGCGUGUGGAGAUCCAGCGCAACUCCAGCCGUGCACCCAUCUUCCUGCAGUUCUACGAAGCCGACAGCCUGCAGGGCCUCGUAAAGGAGCCAGAAGGUGAAGCCGCGGGGCUGGGUGCCCUACACCAAGAGGAGGAGGAAGAGGAGGAGAUGAGCGUGGAGAUGUUUGACAACAGCUCCGUGCAGUUUGAGCUGGACAUGGAGCCCCGGCUGAACCCCCCACUGAGCCGUGGCAGCACCCCCGGCUUGGGGCUGAAUGACACGCAGGACCUCUCCUUCAGCCCGGCUCCCACUAAAGGUAUGCAGCCUCUGGGGGACGCCGUCUCCGAGAUUGAGAUGCUGACGCGAGCAGUGUGGCCGCAGGAAGAGUACAUCGUGGAGUACUCCCUGGAGUACGGCUUCCUUCGUCUGUCCCAGAGUACGCGGCAGCGCCUCAACAUCCCUGUCAUGGUGGUCACACUAGACCCCAUGAAGGACCAGUGUUUCGGUGACGGCUUCAGUCGCUUCCUGCUGGAUGAAUUCCUGGGCUAUGACGACAUCCUGAUGUCCAGCGUGAAGGCCUUGGCUGAAAACGAGGAAAACAAAGGGUUCCUGAGGAACGUGGUCUCUGGUGAGCACUAUCGCUUUGUCAGCAUGUGGAUGGCCCGCACCUCCUACUUGGCUGCCUUCGUCAUCAUGGUCAUCUUCACGCUGUCUGUCUCCAUGCUCCUUCGCUACUCGCAUCACCAGAUCUUCGUCUUCAUUGUGGACCUGCUGCAGAUGCUGGAGAUGAACAUGACCAUCGCCUUCCCAGCAGCCCCUCUGCUCACCGUCAUUCUCGCCCUCGUUGGUAUGGAGGCCAUCAUGUCGGAGUUCUUCAAUGACACUACAACGGCCUUCUACAUCAUCCUCAUCGUGUGGCUGGCUGAUCAGUAUGACGCCAUCUGCUGUCACACCAACACCAGCAAGCGCCACUGGCUGAGGUUCUUCUACUUGUACCACUUCGCUUUCUACGCUUACCACUACCGCUUCAACGGACAGUACAGCAGCCUAGCCCUGGUCACCUCCUGGCUCUUCAUCCAGCACUCCAUGAUCUACUUCUUCCACCACUACGAGCUGCCCGCCAUCCUGCAGCAGAUCCGCAUCCAGGAGAUGCUGCUGCAGAACCAGCAGGCAGGCCAGGGCAACCAGACCACUCUGCAGGACAACCUGAACAACAACGGUGGGGACCAGGCAGCCACGCCUGUCAAUGGCCAGCUGCACGCGCCCCCUGAGACCCCGGCCCGCCCCGGUGCUCCUCCGGCACCCACCCACGACUUGGACUGGGUGGCCGAGACUGCUGCCAUUAUCACGGAGGCGCUGGGGGGGGCUCCCUCGGAGGCCGAGGAGCCGCGGGAGAUGGCCGUCAUGGAGCCCGGCAUGAGUGGGAGGGCAGCUGGAAGGGAGGUGGGGCCAGGGGGGGUGGAGCCACCUAGAGAUGAGUGGCAGGGGGUGGAGACCCGGCCUGGUGUGACCCCCCCCAUACCACAUGCAGACUGCAGGGGGCCCGACACGGAGAGGCAGGGCAGCACGGACUGGCACAACGCCACCAGAGAGGACCCAGCCCCCAGGCCGGACCCCCCCCCCUCGCCAUCCUGAGCUGCAGCUGCAUGCACACGGAGAGGCCAAAAUUGGCACCCCCUCUCCAGCGUGCGUCACAUGUAGACGAAUGCAAGGCUGAUUCUUAGAUGUGGCUUCAUUUAUUUCUUUAGAAAGACUGUGUGUGGUGGCAGGAAGGGCGAGCAAAGAGAAACACUGCCCCCCCCCACCCCCAUUUUUGCUGUGGGAAGUUGGGUCUUGGCAAGCUUUUCCAAUUUUUUUUUUUUUUUUUUUUUUUUUUAAAUGUACCUUCCUCACAGGACCCGCAUUGGGACUCACCUCAGUGCGGAUCAUGGGGCAGCGCUGUGGACGGAUUCUGGUCCGGAGUCCGCAGCAUAAUCGGUGAUUUGAGUGGAAAUCAGGUUGCUGGCGUUUAUCGAGGUGAUGCAAGAAGGUUUCUGAUCUGUGAACUGAGCAUAAUAAAGGUUUUGAAAUGUGGGGAUGCGGAGAGCAGAGUGUCUAUGUGAAGCCGGCCGGGGGCUCGCUGUCUUGCCAGCGGGCCUUCUGCAUGUGCGCACCUUUCUGGGCUUCUGCGUCCUGGGGUGCUCCCUCGCUGUGCUCGUCUUGGAGUCGUGUCUUGCUUCGUUCCCCUGUGUCAUGACCUGGAGGAGUUCAGCGCUACCAAUUCCAGUGUUCACUGCAGCCAGCCGCCGGAAGAGGCCCUAGUGUAGCUGACAAACCAGCACCUGCUUCAUUUUCACUGGUUAGGUUUUAGUUUGAAGCAUGGAGAGUGCCUCACAUAGUCAUCCUAAUCUUCCAUUCGUCCGUCUGUCCGUCCAUCCCGAGCCGUAGCACGCCCUUAUGUGUGUUCCACCAUCGCACCAUAUCCCUGUCAGCAUACUCUGACCCCUCCCAUCCCCGGCGAGCUCUGGGUUGGUGAUGCGUUAGUCGGCUGCAGUGAGUGGACAUUUGGACCAGUUUGGGAAAGUUAACUUAAACUGGAAGUAUGUUACACUGUAUAUGUGACAAUAUCCCUAAAAUAAUUAAGUCCUCUAUUUUACUACUGGAGUUUGCUUUUCAAAUGAAUGGAAAUGGUAUAUAAAAUAUAUAUAUAGAUCACUGUAUAUUUGAAAUGACUCCCAAUUGCCCCACCGUACAUGCCCCUGCUUUUGGGAUCUUCUAGGUGGAGGUGUGGCCUUCCUGUCUGUAAAUGCCCUGUCAGCACGUGGGUCAUGGGGGGUCUCACUCGCAGUGGGUGGUCUUAAAACGCUGUGUCUCAGGUUUGUGCUAAAUGUGAUUCCUGGUGUGUUACUUUUGCAACAAAAAGGGGUGGGGUUAUCUUAGUGAAAGAUGAAGGCUUCACACUACAGAAUGCAGGGACCCUCAAGCCGGAAUUGUAAAUGCAGGGGGUAGGAAUGGCUGUGUCCGCUCAGCUGUACCUAGAUUUAUGCCUUACACUAUUCCUGUCACUAUUGUCACCAUUCGCCAAGUAAGGUGAGGGUUUUCAGAAAUGGCUAUGCAAUAAGCCCAUAAAUGUUUAGUGAUUCAGGAGUAAACAGUGCAAUAUGACGAUCCAGGUGUGUGUGUCACUGACUAAUGAGUACUGAGUCACAGCCCUAACAAAGGUUUUAAGUUCCGUCUAUGUUUCAGUGCCUGUCUUAUGUGAGAGAAGGCAUUAUGAUUGUAGCCUGUCGCUCUUUAUUGUAGAAUUUAGACAUUGUAAUGCAAUCAUUGAAUCUGUGAUGGAUAACAUUUUUCCUAUCAUUCAAAUGUAUUUAACAAUUAAGUAAAGAAGAAAAAAAAAACUA